AUGGGGGGCAGCUGCCUUGGGCUGGGCUCGGCAGCGAGUGAUGGAGUUGAGCAGCUGUGGGAUGCGGGCACGGGAGCGGCGGUGAUGGAGUGGGGGGAGCAUGAGAAGCGGGCGUGGAGUGUGGACUUCUCCCCCUGCGACCCCACGCGCCUCGCCAGUGGCAGCGACGAUGGCACUGUCAAGCUGUGGAGCAUCAACCAGGACACGAGCGUGGGCACCAUCCACACCAAGGCCAACGUGUGCUCCGUGGCCUUCCCCCCGCACUCCUCGCACCUGCUCGCCCUCGGCUCGGCCGACUACUCGCUCCACUGCUUCGACCUGCGCUCGCUCCGCGCGCCCCUCGCCACGCUCACGGGCCACAGCAAGGCUGUCAGCUACGUGAAAUUCGUCGAUGCUUCGACAAUCGUCUCUGCCUCAACAGACAACACUCUGAAGCUGUGGGACUUGAACCAAGCGUGCAGUCAGCAGGCGGGGGGAGGGGCUGAUGGGGCCUCUGCUUGCACGAGGACGUUCACGGGGCACACAAAUGAGAAGCGCGUGCAGUCAGCAGGCGGGGGGGGGAGUGGGGCGGAUGGGGGCUCUGCGUGCAGGAGGACGUUCACGGGGCACACCAAUGAGAAGGUGGGGUGUGGCGGUGUAUGGUAUGCCGUGCCGUGCGGCAUUCUCUGUCCCGACUCCCCUCCACCACUCCUUGUGUGCGCCACCAUCCCGUUCUGCCUCACUCAUUUGAGGCGCCUCAAAACCCGUUGUGCCUCUCACUGUUGUUCCACGAUCCGACAUCUGCAAUCCAUUUCACCGUCCAUUUGUGCCCAAUCAUACACCCCCUCUCCGCCUGUCUCCGAUCCAUCUCCCUCCCCAUCACCGCUCCUCUCCCAGGUGUUUGCGUUCCACAAGUCGCUGCCAAUGCCUAUGGCAGCACACCGCUUUGGGGGGGUUGAUCCGGUCACAGGCGCGGACACGGAGGAGGACGCGGGGCAGUUUGUGUCGAGCGUUUGCUGGCGGGGGGACUCGCAGACACUCGUUGCUGCCAACUCCACUGGCAACAUUAAACUGCUCGAGAUGGUGUGA